AUGAGCAAGUGUUCUCUCCCAACUACACCGCGAUUAGAACGUGAUCGCACUCCUAGUCUUAUGACAGAUGAAGAAUUACGCAAUGAAUACGUGCAGCUGCGCAAGACGCAUUUUACACUAAAUGAAGAAUCAGUUGCACUACAAGCGGAAAUAGGAGCUCUUUGCGAAGAAUCUGUUCGUCUUCAACAGAGUACAGAGAUUGAAGAAGAGAAAUUAGCAAAUCAGCUUUUACGUCGUUUACAGAUUGAAGAGCUUCAACGAAGCCGUUUACAUGCUCUUAUUCGUCGAGAAGAGGUUGCACGUCAACAAAUUAUGGAGCAAAUUGCCCAAGUUCGUGGACAGAAGACGGAAUUAAAAACACAAGUGGAACAAGAACAAGAAUCAUUAAUGCUUCAAUUACAAAAGAAGCUAGUGGAAGUUGUAAAUAGCAAACGUGAGGUUGAGCGUGAACUACUAAAGGAACGUCGUAGUUAUCUUGAUGUACUUUCUAAACGUCUCGCCCAUUUCAAGCGAGACUCCGAUGCCACUCCUGCUGUGGUGGAGGCCUCCGCGGCUCCUCCUGUCGCACUGCGCCCCGCCUCUGAGGAAACACACGUGGCGAUCAAUCAUCUUGAGCGGCAGUUGAAUGAUCUCCUGCGGCGCCACGCGGCAGCGGUGCGGGCGAGUGCGAUCAACGAGUCUCUCUGCGCAGAACUCGGGCGGAGUCUUGCGAGCAUUCAACAGGCCGCUUUUCUCGACCGCGCGCGGGCGGCGAAAUUGCGGGAGGAACUCCUCGAGGCCCAGAGACGAUUGGGAGCUCUGGAAACGCAGAGGCGGUCGGGGGGCAUUGAGGCGCAGAUCCGUACGCGGGGAACAUCUGUGGUCUCCGACGACAGUUCGGGGCUUCCAACGCCCAAGUGGGCCCAACCCCGCCCUCGAAGUCCCGCCCCACUCCCACCAUUCAACAACAACAACAAUACGACUCCUACUACUACUCCUGUUCCUACUCCUACGUUUACGACUACAACAACAAUGUGCACACAAACACCCUCAAAUACAGAUAUGGGUGAAGGUGAGGGAGGGGCGUCAAUUCCAACGCCUGUGAAGAUGGCGUCAGCUUCCUUCAGUUCGGGGGGCACCCCAACGGGGAAGUCAUAG